ACUUCACGUGUCAGAUCAAAUGUAGUUGGCAUUCUUUGUUCUCAUGCUUUCUCCAAUAUUUCUGUGUCAACUGUGUUUUUCACAUAUCUUAUGAUGUGUUCAUUUACUGAGAAGCUUGGGAUUUGAAGGUGUAGAGAGCCAUGGGUGCUGGUGGCCGAAUUUCAUCUUCAACUGAAUCUGGUUUUAAGAAGAACCCACUUGAAAGGGUUCCAUAUACUAAGCCUAAAUUCUCCCUAAGUGAUAUCAAGAAGGCCAUCCCUCCUCAUUGCUUUGAGCGAUCGCUUAUUCGGUCAUUCUCAUAUGUUGUGUAUGACUUGUUCUUCGUUGCUCUUUUCUACUACAUAGCCACCAAUUAUAUCCAUUUGCUUCCAUCUACUUAUCAAUACCUUGCAUGGCCUAUUUAUUGGGCUCUUCAAGGUUGUGUCUGCACUGGGAUCUGGGUUAUAGCCCAUGAAUGUGGCCACCAUGCUUUUAGUGAUUACCAAUGGGUGGAUGAUACUGUUGGCCUUAUCCUUCACUCUGCCCUUUUCGUACCCUACUUCUCAUGGAAAUAUAGUCACCGCCGCCAUCAUUCCAACACGGGUUCCCUUGAGCGUGAUGAAGUCUUUGUCCCAAAGCCAAAAUCUAAAGUCAAUUGGUUCUCCAAAUACUUGAACAAUCCACCAGGGAGGGUUAUAACAAUGACUAUUACUCUUACUCUUGGUUGGCCAUUAUAUUUGGCUUUCAAUGUGUCUGGCAGACAUUAUGACAGAUAUGCAUGCCAUUAUGAUCCUUAUGGCCCAAUCUUCAAUGCUCGUGAGAGGCUUCAGGUCUUCAUUUCUGAUGCUGGUAUUUUUGCUACAACAUAUGUGCUUUACCGCCUUGCUAUGCUUAAAGGGAUAACUUGGGUCAUCUGCAUCUAUGGGGUUCCUUUGCUUAUUGUCAAUGGCUUUCUUGUUCUGAUCACAUAUCUGCAGCACACCCACCCAGCAUUGCCACACUAUGACUCGUCCGAGUGGGAUUGGCUAAGGGGAGCUUUGGCCACCGUCGAUAGAGAUUAUGGAGUGCUAAACAAGGUUUUCCACAACAUAACCGACACUCAUAUAGCUCACCAUCUCUUUUCAACCAUGCCACACUACAAUGCAAUGGAGGCAACCAAAGCAAUCAGGCCGAUACUUGGAGAGUACUACCAAAUUGAUCGCACUCCAUUUUACAAAGCAAUGUGGAGAGAGGCAAGAGAGUGUCUCUACGUCGAGCCAGAUGAGGGUUCUCAAGUGAAGGGCGUGUAUUGGUACAGAAACAAGCUCGAGUAAAACUCGUGUGUGAAGUUUAUCUCUUGCUGGUCAAGUCCCCAUGAUGGCAACUUAUAGUUUGGGUCUAUACAGGUACUUCGGUUACUUAAGGUUGUAGUAACUAGUGAGUUUAUGUUAGUGGACAUGGGAAUGUGUUUCUUAUGCUUCAGGGAAAGGAGUUUGCUGCUCUUUUUCCUUAGUUAUGUGCUAAUGUUCAAUUCAAUAAAACAAUGACAAUGUGCUUGUAGUAAUGGUGUCUUUAUAUUAUUUUC